GGAGGGGAGCGUCGUGCGGCGGCAAGUUUCUCCAAAAAGCUGAACUCGUCGCAAAGUUUCCUGUGCAUCAGCUUGCACCCUGCGUACUGGUGGCGGGCUUUUUCCGUGCGGGUGGUCUUUGGGCGCUGGAGGGACGCGGAGGCAACUGGGUGCUGUUCCUUCCCGGGCUGACCUCGGAGUCUCCGCUAUGGACAGCGAGAGUGAAGUGGAUUUUUCUAGCAACAGCUUAACCCCUUUGUGGCGGAGGCGGUCAACUCCUCAGCCUCAGUUGCUGGGCCGGAGCAAGCCGAGGCCCCAAUCCUACCAGAGCCCCAGCGGGUUGCUGAUCACGGAUUUCCCCGUGGAGGACCGAGGGACGCUCCCCGCCAUGCAGGCUCCCACCCAGGUACCCACCGCUUCGGAGGGCAGGACGGUCCAGGGGAACCCGCUGCUUCUGUGUGCCCAUACGAAGGUGGUGAUCUCCCCGGAAUAUAGAUCUGUCUCUCCUCGGCUGCGACGGCCCAAGUCUCCCCGGGCUCCCAAAGCAGUGUCAGGGGUCCCCUCGAAAUCCCCAGCGAAUGGCACUGUGACCUCGCCCCUACCGCAGCCUGUGCGCCCCCAGCGGACUACCAAGUCGCCCCCCUGCUGCAGCUGGGAGGUAGACCUGACCGCAUCGACUACGAGCCCCCUGCCUUCGCCCGCUGCAAAUGGGCUUUUCCCUAAAAUCGACACCCCAGGCUCUGGUUCGCGAUCUGGCCAGGCAACUAAGGACCCUGAGCCAGAACCCACGAAACUCUCUCCUGCGCCCCAGAAAAGUUCUUUGGAACACAAACUCCCCCUCCAAAGGCUGCCCUCACAGGAGAACGAGCUUCCAGAGAAUCCUUCAGUGGUUUUGAGCACAAACAGCCCCGCCGCCCUCAAAGUGGGGAAGCAGCAAAUCAUUCCGAAGAGCCUGGCCUCGGAAAUUAAAGUAAGUAAGUCCAACAGUCAGAAUGUGGAGCCCCACAGGAGACUCCUCAAGGUGCGCAGCAUGGUGGAGGGCCUCGGAGCGUCUCUGGGCCCCUCAGAGGAUGAGGGAGACGUGGAGAACGACGUGGACAGCCCAGGGUCUCUGCGGCGAGGCUUGCGAUCCACAUCCUAUCGCAGGGCGGUGGUCAGUGGCUUUGAUUUUGAUAGUCCUACCACUUCAAAGAAGAAGAACAGAAUGUCCCAGCCUGUUCUGAAAGCGGUGAUGGAAGACAAGGAGAAGUUCUCCAGUCUGGGAAGGAUAAAGAAAAAAAUGCUGAAAGGACAAGGAACAUUUGAUGGGGAAGAAAAUGCUGUCCUGUAUCAGAACUACAAAGAAAAGGCUCUUGACAUUGACUCCGAUGAAGAGUUGGAGCCCAAAGAACAGAAGUCAGAUGAAAAGAUUGUGAUUCACCACAAGCCGCUGAGGUCCACGUGGAGCCAGCUGUCUGCGGUGAAAAGAAAUGGAUUAUCACAGACAGUUAGCCAAGAGGAAAGAAAGAGGCAGGAGGCUAUCUUUGAAGUCAUAUCCUCUGAACAUUCCUAUUUACUCAGCUUGGAGAUUUUGAUACGAAUGUUUAAAAAUUCUAAAGAACUGAGUGAUACAAUGACCAAAACAGAGAGUCACCAUCUUUUCUCCAACAUUACAGAUGUCUGUGAGGCAAGCAAAAAAUUCUUUACAGAGUUGGAAGCAAGACAUCAGAGUAAUAUCUUCAUAGAUGACAUAAGUGACAUUGUGGAAAAGCACACAGCCUCCACAUUUGACCCAUAUGUGAAAUACUGCACAAAUGAAGUCUACCAACAACGCACACUACAGAAAUUGUUAGCCACUAACCCAUCUUUUAAGGAAGUACUGUCACGAAUUGAGUCCCACGAAGACUGCAGGAACUUACCCAUGAUCUCCUUCCUCAUUCUCCCCAUGCAGAGGGUGACUCGCCUGCCCCUGCUGAUGGACACUAUCUGUCAGAAAACACCGAAGGACUCUCCAAAGUAUGAGGUCUGCAAAAGAGCCCUAAAGGAAGUGAGCAAGUUGGUUCGACUGUGCAAUGAAGGAGCUCGGAAGAUGGAAAGGACUGAAAUGAUGUACACAAUUAACUCCCAGUUGGAAUUUAAAAUUAAGCCUUUUCCUUUAGUCUCCUCUUCCCGGUGGUUGGUCAAAAGAGGUGAGUUGACAGCCUACGUAGAAGACACCGUGCUUUUCUCAAGAAGGACAUCUAAACAGCAAGUCUACUUCUUUCUCUUUAAUGACGUGCUCAUUAUCACCAAGAAGAAAAGUGAAGAAAGUUACAACGUCAAUGAUUAUUCCUUAAGAGAUCAGCUACUGGUGGAAUCUUGUGACAAUGAAGAGCUGAAUUCCUCUCCUGGGAAGAACAGUUCCACAAUGCUUUAUUCAAGACAGAGCUCUGCCAACCACCUCUUCACUCUGACCAUCCUUAGUAACCAUGCGAGUGAGAAAGUGGAGAUGCUGCUCGGGGCUGAGACGCAGAGUGAGCGAGCCCGCUGGAUAACCGCCCUGGGACACAGCAGCGGGAAGCAGCCUCUGGACCGAACCUCACUGACCCAGGUGGAAAUCAUUAGAUCGUUCACUGCCAAGCAGCCAGAUGAACUCUCCCUGCAGGUGGCAGAUGUGGCUCUCAUCUAUCAGCGGGUCAGCGACGGCUGGUAUGAGGGGGAACGGCUGCGAGAUGGAGAGAGGGGCUGGUUUCCUAUGGAAUGUGCCAAGGAGAUAACCUGCCAGGCUACAAUUGACAAGAACGUGGAGAGAAUGGGACGCUUGCUAGGACUGGAAACCAACGUGUAGCCUCCUCGACGGCCUUCCACGAGCGUGAGAUUUGCACUACAUCCCGGCCGGCUGGUUGGUUCUGGGCCGGCUUUGUUGUUCAUUUUAACGCAGCCUGUUUCAUUAGAAGAAUGGAAACACUUGCCUUUACGCUUGCCAGGUGGUUCUGCUCUCUCGGGAGAACAGCUACCAGAUACAGUGAGUUUGCAAGUCUCAGUGUGAGCACGCUGUCCACGUGCAGCCUUCUCGAGGCCCGCAGAUAGAGGGGAGUCUGCUGCGGGGGCCAGGAGGCUGAAGCUCCAGCCGGGCUCACCCUUUUCUGGCCUGGAAAAUGGAUAUUGGAGGCUGUGCCCUGGUUUUCUUUUUCCUCUUUCACCAAGAAUGUUACUGUCCCUCCUUUUAACCUCUCCUUUGUAUGGUUCUCCCGGUCUUAGCAAGGGUCUGUGUGUUUAAGGAAUGCCCAGUUUUGUAAAUAUUUUUUUCUGCCUCUUUUAUUUUAGAUCUGAUUCUAAUGCUAAGAGCAUUUCACAAGGAACUUGUAGAGCUCAAAAGGUGAGCUGUUGAGUUUUUCUAAACCUCUUCCCGGGAAAAGGGAAACUGACACUUGAAUUUUUGCCACCUCUUUCCUCAUUGGGAGAGAAGCUUACUUUAGAGAUUUUCUUUUUAAAUCGAUCUUACCCAGUAUUGGUCUCCGAUAAGUAGAGCCUAAUGAAACCCUACUCAGGCUACUCAAAUAAGAAUUUAGAUGGUUCGCAUGAGUGAAAAAAUGCUGAAUAUAGGAGAGGGUCCUACUUUUUUUUUUU